UUUUGACAAAUUUACUCACUAGUUCGUUUCCUAUGCAGUCUUCGUGUGAAUUUUGUAUGCCCUUCCCUUCUUCACCAGACUCACCACCACGCUCAAUCCUUUUGCAGUAGUUGGUUGGACUCUCUCUUGUGUGUGUGUUUGACAGUUACCAACUUUACAAACCGCAUUCUAAGAACCCACAACACGAUUCUUUUGUUAUUAUUAUUACUUCGAAGCAAACAAAUUAUUUCAUUCAUCUUCUUCUUCACCUCGUUGCAGAAGAGUUUAGAUGCGCGCCCCUACUGCAAGAAAACUAUGUACUCUCAGCUCCUAUUUCCGUUCACAUUUACACAACAACAAUCCCAAAAACAAUGUUUCCUCUUUCAAAACACCACUUCAAUCUGAAACCGAACACCAUUUUGAUUCUGACUUGUACCUCUCAACCCUCAAACUCAAUGUCGUAUCCCCCCCAGAGGAUUUGCCUGAUCUAGACGGUGCUACUACUCGGCUUUCUUCUAUAUUGUACACUCCUCCGGUAGAGAAGCUUGUUUAUGAGGAAGUUGAUGAUGAAGAAAAAGAGAAAAGCAUAUUGGAAAUACCACGAAUACUAGACUUUUCUCAUAGCGAUGCAUCAAUUAAACGAAAGGAGGUUUCACGUGAGAGGAAACAAAAGUGGAUUUUCAAAUACACCGGUGAUGACCGAUCUGACAGGUUACUCAAAAUGUGUGGAAGAAAACUAGGAAUAGAUGCUACUGUUGAUGUGUUUGGCCGAUUGGGUCGAGAAACAGGUCUGAAAGAGUACAAUGCAUUGAUCAAAUUGUGCAUAAAGAAGGCUAGGUCGACUAAUGAUGAACACAUUACUAUGGAAGAAAUGAGUAAGACUUUUCACCUUUUAAAAUUAAUGAGGGAACGUGGGUUUCAGAUAGAAGAGCAAACAUAUCGCCCAAUUCUCCAGUAUAUAAUUGACAUGGGCCUUGUUCAAGAAUUUCAAGUUUUCUAUGAUGUUAUCCAAGCUGGUAAUCCCAGUUCAAUUUCACGACUGGGUUACUAUGAAAUGAUGCUGUGGAUAAGGGUCAGCAAUGAAGAAAUGAUCCGGGAUAUUUGUGAAUACAUUACAGUUGAAGAGAGUGAAGACACUUCUGCUUUACGAGAAAGUUACCUAUUGGCUCUUUGUGAAAGUGAUCGCAAGACACAGAUAUUGGACGUGUUGAAAAAUAUAGAAGUAACAAAGCUUACAUCUACAAAAUCUAUAUCAAAUAUAUUCCAAUCGUUAGGGAGGCUGCUGCUGGAAUCUGAUGCAGAGAAUUUACUUUUGGAUUUGAGAGCACGCGAUCAUGAUGCAGAUAAGAUUUCAAACUUCAUUGCUAGUUAUGCACUUAGCAUUCCAAAUUUAGUGGUUGAGGAUAUCAUCUCAAAAAUCGAGAAUUUGCAUGAUGUAUUGGAAGUUUUGCCUUCAUUGUCGUCGUAUGAAAAGCUCGUUUUAUAUUGCUGUGAUAUGCACAAGGUGGAUGUAGCUCUUGAUAUUGUUGAUAAAAUGUGUGAAACAGGCUUUAUGCCGUCUUCUCAGGUGUUACAAUCCAUAUUACAGAUUUGUGAGGAAACUUUUGAUUAUAUAUUGGUCCAUCGAAUCUAUUCCAUCAUAAGUCGCCACCAUUUGGAGUUAAAUGGUGAAAUAUGCAGGUGUUUGGUACAGUUUUGUGUAAGGACAAAAGAUUUUGAACGUGCAUACAAGAUGGUUGAUGAAUUGCGGGAAAUGAAUUUCAAACCUACGCCAACCAUGUACAAUGCCAUAAUGGCAGGAUAUUUUCGCGAGAAAAACAUCAGAGGUGGAGUGAGGGUCCUCAAACUCAUGCAAGAUGCCAAUGUGAAGCCUGAUUCACAGACUUUCAGCUAUUUGAUUAGCAAUUGUGAAACAGAAGAUGAUAUAAAUAAGUAUUAUGAAGAACUGAAGAAAUCUGGAAUCCACCCAACAAAACAAAUUUUUAUGUCCCUUAUUAAUGCAUAUGCAGCUUGCGGCGAAUUGGAGAAGGCAAAACAGGUAGUUCUUGAUCCAUGCGUACCAUUGAAGAGCUUACAUGAAAUUAAGAGUGUUCUUGUCUCAGCUCUUGCAUCUCACGGGCAAUUGUCUGAAGCACUUGUUGUCUUCGAGGAGAUCAAGAAAGCUGGACACAAUUUGGAGCCAAAAGCUGUUAUAAGUCUCAUUGAUGAGUUACGUCAUUUAAGUGGAGAGUUGGAGGGGUUGCUUCAUCUGCUCGAAGAGUUUAGUGAUCUAGACUACUGGGUUGACGGUUGCUUCAGAGUUAUCCAGUACUGUGUUCAGAACAAUCACUUAAGCUCUACUGUUGACCUGUUCAAGCAACUCAAGGAUCAGUUCGAAAGUGAUGAAACAGUAAUGGAAGUUCUUUUCGAUGCAGUGUAUUCUCUAAUUGCGGGAUCCGAGUCCGCACAUUUGCAGUUUGGACUGGACUUGCUUUGGGCAAUCAAGGAUGAGCUUGGGCUUGUUCCUUCACGGCAGUGUCUCGAUUUUCUUCUAAGCGCUUGUGCCAAUGCAGGAGAUUUGAAUAAUGCUCGUUUGAUUUGGAGAGAAUAUGAGAUUGCUGGAUUUCCUUAUAAUGUAUUAAGUUACUUGAGGAUGUAUCAAGCACUUUUGGCAUCAGGAGAUCACAGAUCUGCUGACUUUAUACUAAAGAAAAUUCCAAAAGACGAUGCCGAGGUUUGUUCUGUCAUUUUAGCAUGUCAAAAAACUUAUGGCGAUAAUGUUAAAUCUGUAGGAGGGGAGAAGAAAAAGAAUAUUAAAUCUGUAGGUGAGGAGAUGAAGAGGAAGAAGAAGAAGAAGAAAAAGAGUAAAUCUUUUGUGAUGACAUUGUUGCAAAGGAAAUAUGACGUGUUUGUGAGCUUCAGAGGUGAAACUCGCCAUAAUUUCAUUGAUCAUCUCUUUGGUGCCCUCCGAAGAAAAAACAUUUAUGCAUUCAGGGAUGAUACGAACAUUAGAAAAGGUGAAUCCAUUGCACCUGAGCUUCUUCGCGCAAUCGAAGCCUCUCAGAUUUUCAUUGUGGUUUUCUCUAAGAACUAUGCUUCCUCAACAUGGUGUUUGCGAGAAUUGGAAUACAUCCUUUUUCAUUGCAGUCAACCACCGAUUAAACGCGUUCUUCCUGUUUUCUAUGAUGUUGAUCCUUCUGAUGUCCGAAAGCAAAGUGGAGAUUAUGAAAAAGCCUUUGCUGAACAUGAAAAAAACAUCAAUCUGGACUUACAAAUGUUGCAAAGAUGGAGGCUAGCUGUCACACAAGCGGCCUUUCUCAAUGGAUGGGAUCUACAUGAUAAGCGACAAUAUGCAGCAAUUGAACUGAUUGUUCAAGAGAUAAUAGAUACAUUUGGUUACAAAUUUUCAUAUCUUCCAAAUAAUUUAGUUGGGAUGUUUUCUCCUAUAGAAGAUUUGGAAAAAUGUUUACUUUUGGACUCCGUUGAUGAUGUUAGGGUUGUGGGAAUUUGUGGGAUGGGUGGAUUAGGGAAGACAACUCUUGCUUCUGUUUUAUACGGAAAAAUCUCUCAUCAAUUUGAUGCAUGUUGUUUUAUUGAUGAUGUAAGCAACAUUUUUAGAUAUCACGGUCCAAUUGGUGCACAAAAGCAAAUCCUACGUCAAACUCUAGGGGAAGAACACAAUCAGAUGUACAAUCUUUACGUAGGAACAAAUUUGAUACAAACUAGACUAUGUCAUCGGAGGGCUCUUAUAAUUUUUGAUAAUGUUGAUCACAAUGAACAAUUGGAGAAACUAGCCGUGAAUCGUAAAUCGUUAGCUGCAGGGAGUAGAAUCAUUAUAGUUUGUAGAGAUGCUCAUAUCUUGGAAGAGUAUGGAGUGGACGCACUUUACAAAGUUCCACACUUGAAUGACACAAACUCUCUUCAAUUAUUUUGUCGAAAAGCUUUCAAACGUGAUAAGAUUAUCAGUGAUUAUGAGGAGUUGACAUAUGACAUAUUAAAUUAUGCUGGUGGUCUACCACUUGUCAUUAAAGUGUUAGGUUCAUUUUUGUCCGGCCGAAGUAUAUCUGAAUGGAGAAGUGCAUUGACUAGAUUGAGAGAAAGUCCAAACAAAGAUGUUAUGGAUGGAUUGCAGUUUAGUUUUUAUGGUCUAGAGAAAAUGGAAUUACAAAUAUUUUUUGAUAUUGCUUGUUUUUUCAACAGGUGUGAGGAAAAAUUUGUUAAAAAUGUUUUAAACAUUUGUGGAUUUCAUCCUGAUAUUGGAUUAAGAGUUCUUGUUGAUAAAUCACUUAUAAGCAUUUCAGAAGACAGUAAGAUUGAAAUGCACUGUAUGCUGGAAAAGCUAGGUAGAAAAAUUGUUCAUGAAAAUUCAACUGAAGAGUCAAGAAAGUGGAGUAGGUUGUGGCUCCAUAAACACUGCUACGAUGUUAUGUCAGAGAAUAUGGAAAAGAAUGUUGAAGCCAUAGUUUUGAAUGGAAAUGAAGGAGAUACAGAAAUAUUGACGGUUGAGGCAUUGUCAAAUAUGAGUCGUCUUAGAUUGCUCAUACUCAAAGAUGUUAAAUUUUUAGGAAGCCUUAGCAAUCUUUCUAAUCAAUUAAGAUAUGUUUCAUGGGAUGGAUAUCCUUUCAUGUAUUUCCCAUCAAGUUUUGAGCCCAAUCAACUUGUUGAAUUGGUCUUGGUGAAUAGCAACAUGAAACAACUAUGGGAAGGAAAAAAGAAUCUGCCCAAGUUGAGGACUCUUGAUCUAAGCUACUCCAAAAAUUUAAUCAAGAUUCCAGAUUUUGAAGAGGUCCCAAAUCUUGAGCGGUUAAACCUUGAAGGAUGUGUAACACUUGUGCAGAUGGAUGUAUCUAUUAGUCUUCUAAAGAAGCUUGUUUUCUUGAAUUUGAAAAAUUGCAAAAGACUUACAUGCAUACCCAACAGAAUAAAUGGUCUCAACUCUCUUGAAUAUUUAAAUCUUUGCUAUUGUUCUGAAGCAUUUAACAAUCCAAUCCAUUCGGGGUUGCCUUCCUUGGCUAGCUUAAAUGGUUUGCGUGAACUUGAUAUUAGUUUUUGUGGUCUAAGCCAACUCCCUGAUACUAUAGGAUGCCUAUGUUUUUUACAAAGAUUAAAUUUAGCGGGAAACAAUUUUGUGACACUACCUAGCCUCAGGGAGCUUUCCGAACUUGUAUAUAUGAACUUGGAGCAUUGCAAGCAGUUGAAAUCUUUUCCCGAACUUCCUUCACCUGUUGCUAUCAAGCACGACAAAUAUUGGAGAGCGGGGAUGCAUAUUUUCAACUGUCCUGAAUUGGGCGAGAGGGAACGCUGCAGUAACAUGACUUUUUCAUGGAUGAUGCAAUUCGUUCUAGCAAACCAAGAAUCCUCUGCCUCUUUUCGUUGGAUUGAAAUUGUUGUUCCAGGAAGCGAAGUACCAAGCUGGUUCGACAAUCAAAGAGUUGGUAGAUCAAUACGCAUAAACCCAUUCUUCAUUAUGGUUGACAAUGAUGUCAUUGGCAUUGUUUGUUGUGUAGUUUUUUCUGCUGCAUCUCAUGAUCCAACAACAUUUGGACAGAAACCUGUCUUACUUCUAUGUUUUCAUAAAAGUGAUCUGAAGCUUCAUUUUAGCAUUACUGUAAAUACAAAGCUUAUCAUGGUCCAAUCAAAUCACAUGUGGCUAACCUAUUUCACUCGGGAAUCGUUCUUUGAUAUUCUGAAAGGUAUAGGCAAUGAAGUCGGCGAUUGUAUCAGAAUGGAAGCUUCAAUUGUAGACGCCGAAGGUUUGGAUGUGGAGGUGAAGAGUUGCGGGUAUCGUUGGGUAUUUAAACAAGAUCCCCUAAUCAACUUAAUAACCAUACAACCGGAAACUCAGUAGCUUGGAACCGCAACUUUUUGGGAAGUGAAGAUGAGGCACAGGGAAACAGUUACAUGGUUUUCAUCUGUGUUUUAAUCUACCUGAGUGUCAUGUAGUUGCAAAAAGAAAAACAGACGCUGAUUCAGACGAAGCUUGUGUUGCCUGUCAUGAUUUUUCUUCUAUGUUUUGGUGGUAAUGUUUGCCAAAUGAUGAUACAAUUUCUAGUGUAUUUUGAAAAUUAUACAAUUCAAGUAGGUUUUAUGGCUAAUAUAAUUUUGCCGUAACUAGGUCAAUAUUUUGAUAUAUAGUAUUAUGGAUUUUAUUUUUCUGCAGAGUUCUUGUUUCAUUGCACUCCCGAGAAAAGGGAGGGUCCUGCUAACUUGUAUUCUUACUGCAGUAUAGAAUCUUUACAACCUGCUGUAAAGUAAAUAGAAUUUCUUAUUUAUGGGCAAAUUCUGGAUCCUCUACUUGAUGCCAUGUAUUAAUA